AUGAGCAACAUGGAUGCAACCAGCGGUCAACCGAAAGUAUCGGAAAAGCAGUACAACUGCAAAAUGUGUAGCCUUCCUGACUCUGCAGGCAAUCUCGUCGGUUGUGACACUUGUGAAGCAUGGGCUCAUUACCAGUGCGCAGGAGUGACGGAUUCUAUUGCAGAUCCGAAUCGUUCGUGGAAAUGCGAAUCUUGUAGAGCCAGCCGGGAGAAAAAUAAGUCUCAGCAAAGUCAGGCAGCUUCUUCAAUUCAUUCCAGGAGUAGUAAACGUUCGGCGAGAUCCGAACUAAAUCUGCAAAUGCUCCAGGAGCAAAAAGAGCUUCAACUUAAAGCCCUUGCUGAGGAAGAAGCAGCUAUUAAGGAAAGUUCGAAAAAGGAAGAAGAGUUGAGGAAAAAGAGGGUUCGUAUUGAGGACGAAUUCAUUCGGAAGAAGUACGGCAGUCUGAAUGACUUUGCGGAAGAUGGCGACAGCAGAAGGAGUCGAACGAGUACCCGAGCAAGCAGCAAAAAGGUUGUUGAUUGGUUACCAACUGUAGAUCCAAAAGUAGGAAUAACUGAAUGGGAGUUACCACGUCAACCUCAGCUUGGCCGAGCCAAAUCGUAUUCGACAGCAGAUGAAAUUGGACAACGAAAUGUAGCACCAGUAGUUACCUUCAAUGAAGCCCACGUAGCAUCAGCUGAGCAUCAGUCGGAGAGCCAUAUUAUUAACAGCCGUAUAACUCCCGUUUCCGCAUCUACUCCACAAGCAAGAAAGUUUCCGGAUAUUCAAGUUCCCCUUCCAAUUAGAACACCCAAAAUUGAACCAAUUCUAUAUUCCAAUAUUGAAGCUGGACAGCAAUUUUGUCCCUUCACUGAACACCAGCCAACAACACAAUUCUCCGGUGCAGUUGAGGAGAUGAGACUUAUCCAGACUAAUCGCGAGCCGAUUAUGGCUACCUUGAUUUCGGGAACAGCUGUCGGCACCAAACCAAAGUACACAGGAGCCAUUCCAAAAACCACUAGAUUUUACACAACCAUCAACAGCUGCCAUCGGAAAAAUACACCGUCCGAAACUAUCCAUAGUCGACACUUUUGGCCGGAAUACACCAACAACAAACCCUUUUCCAACAUUUUCGCUAAGUCAGCCCACUGUGACACGUAA